AUGAAGAAAAUUUACUACUUUUUCACCCUCGGGCUCUUCUUGUUAAGUUAUCUGAUAGAUAGUUUAGCCACGACGGCCACCAACAUUACCACAGAUCAAUUAGCCCUUCUUUCUUUGAGAGCUAAAAUCACUUCAGAUCCUCAACAAAUGCUAGCCAACAACUGGUCCGUUGCUUCUUCAGUUUGUGAAUGGAGAGGAGUCACUUGCGGCUCUCGCCACCGCAGAGUGACUGCCUUGAACAUCUCCAACUUGGGUUUUACCGGCACUAUUCCUCCACAGUUGGGGAAUCUGUCAUUUCUCAAGUCCAUUGACAUCAGUGUGAACGAUUUUCAUGGAGAACUUCCCCAUGAAUUGAUUCGAUUAUGCAGGCUACGAGUCCUUGAUUUUGCCAUUAACAAGCUUAGUGGAGAUAUUCCAUCUUGGGUUGGUUCCUUGCAAGAACUCCAACACUUUUCUAUCGAGAACAAUAGCUUUACGGGCUUUGUCCCAGCUUCUCUCUCCAACAUGUCAAAGCUAGAUACUUUGAUACUGUCAUUCAAUCCCUUGCAAGGAACAAUUCCAAUGGAGAUUGGAUAUCUAGGCAACUUGAAGGAAAUAGUUAUGUACCAUAAUCGGCUUUCAGGUUCUUUGCCACUGGGGAUGUUCAAUAUUUCCUCGCUGGAAUAUAUUGGUCUUGCUGAUAAUAGCCUAUCUGGCAGUCUUCCAGUUGGCAUCUGCCCCCGUCUUCAAGGACUCAAAUGGCUUGACCUUUCCCACAACAAAUUCAGUGGUAUGAUACCGUCAUCGUUAUCUGAAUGUUCAAAGCUUCAAGUAUUGGGGAUGUCUUAUAACAACUUUACCGGAGUGAUACCAGAAGAAUUUGGCAACUUGACGGUGCUCGAGGAAUUAUAUCUUGGCAAUAACAGCUUAAAAGGUGUGAUCCCACAGGUGGUUGGGAAUUUAACCUUGCUCACAGUGCUAGAUCUAACUCAAAAUAAGUUGACAGGUACCAUACCAAAAGAGUUUGGCCACCUAAAGAAUCUAAACCUACUUAAUCUGGGCUCAAAUAGCCUAACUGGAUCCAUACCAGACCAAAUAUUCAACAUCUCAAUGCUACAGGAACUAACCCUGACGCAGAAUAAUCUUUCUGGAGGACUUCCACCAUCCAUGGGUUUUGGAUUAAUCAACCUUGAAGAGCUUUUUCUAGAUCUAAAUGAGUUUGAUGGAGCCAUACCAGCCUCGAUCUCUAAUGCAUCUAAAUUAACUACAUUAGACUUGGAUACAAACAAAUUCAGUGGUCUAAUUCCAAGCUCUCUUGGGGAUCUAAGACUACUAGAAAUACUGGAUCUCUCUAAAAAUCAUUUGACCACUGAGCCUUGGUCAAGAGAAUUGAGCUUCAUCAAUUACUUGACAAAUUGUAAGUAUUUGAAACAAUUAGCUUUUUAUGACAAUCCGAUGCACGGUUUUCUUCCGAUAUCAGUUGGAAACCUUUCAACUUCUAUGGAGAGAUUCUAUGCAUAUGAUUGCGGAAUCAAGGGAAGCAUUCCUGAUGCAAUUGGGAAUUUGAGCAAUCUAUUUGUUUUGAGCCUAUUUGCAAAUCACCUGAGUAGGUCCGUUCCAGUCACAGUGAAACAUUUGCAAAAGCUUCAAGUUUUGAAUUUCCAUGGUAACCAAUUGAGUGGUUCAAUUCCAGAUAGUCUUUGUGAGUUAAAGAGCUUGUUCGUAUUAUCUUUGGAGCAAAAUCAGUUUCGUGGGUCAAUACCAUCAUGCUUAAGUAAUGUCAGUUCUCUGAGAGUAAUUAUCUUUGCUGGGAACUUAUUAAACUCAAGUAUACCUGCAAGCUUGUGGAACCUCACUGAUCUCUUUUCCUUGAAUCUGUCGAACAAUUCCUUGAGUGGUUCACUUCCUCAAGAAAUUGAAAAUUUGACGGUAUUAACACUAUUGGAUUUGUCAGGGAAUUACCUUAAUGGGAACAUUCCAAGUUCCAUAGGAAGUUUGCAAACUUUAGCCAAACUUUCUUUAGCACAGAAUAAACUUGAGGGACCUAUCCCGGACUCGGUCGGGCAUAUGUUAAGCUUGGAAGUUUUGGACCUAUCCAAUAAUAGUCUAUCAGGUCCAAUCCCAAAGUCCUUGGAGACACUUUCAUAUCUCAACUACAUCAAUCUUUCUUUCAACCGCUUAACAGGAGAAAUUCCAUCCGGUGGUCCUUUCGAGAGCUUCACAUACGAAUCAUUCAUAUUUAAUGAUGACUUGUGUGGCGCUCAAAGAUUUCAUGUUCCCCCGUGUAGUUCUCAUCAGAUUCACCAAUCGAGUCGAAAGAAAGUGUUUCAAAUAUUAGGCAUUGUAUUAGGUAUUGCAGCAGCAAUAAUUGCUCCAACUGCUGCAAUUUUGCUUUUAAGAUGGCGAAGAAAGGAUGAGGUUUCAAGGAAUACUGGCUUAUUGCCCACAGUUGUUCCCAGAAGGAUUUCAUAUUAUGAACUUAUGCAAGCAACCAAUGGCUAUGAUGAAAGCAAUUUACUUGGAAAAGGGAGUUUUGGAUCUGUUUAUAAAGGUAUUUUAACAGAUGGGACAAUUGUCGCUGUGAAAGUCUUCACUUUGCUAGACGAAGUCACUUCUAAGAGUUUUGAUGCAGAAUGUCAAGCUCUACGCAACCUUCGUCAUAGAAAUAUAAUCAAAAUCUGCCGCAAAGACUAA